AUGGACAGUCACACUAUGGAGUGGCUAUGUUUCACUGGUUUAGCUGAGGAUUAUCCAGCAUGGAGUACGAAAUUUAUGGCGUAUACGCAAACAAAAGAUUUGUACAAGUCACUUCUCGAUAAGGAAGUUUUAAUGCCAGAAGUCACUCCGUUAACCGAAGCAGCCACAGCCGAUGAAGUCAGCGAACUUAAAAUGAACAAAAGUAUCAGUACUUUAACAAAUAACGACGCGAGUGUUGCCAACAAUGAUUUGGUCAACCUGUUAUCGAAUGAAAACCAAGACCUAAAGAAUGAAAUCAAGUUACUUCGAGAGAAAAACAUCAAUAUCACACAUUCCGUGGCAGACCUAAACUCCAAGAUUGAAGAAUUAGAAAGCGAGAAACAAAGCCUCAAAACUGCGCUGAAGAUCUUAUACGCCGACCUGGAAACUGCGGAAGGAAAUAUGCAAUCACUAACUGACAAACAUGAAGCCCAACAGCAUCCAUGGAUUACAGUAUCUGGCAAGUCGAAAGGUCACCCAAUAAACCUUGAGUUAAACAACAACAACAAAUACUCGGUCCUGCACGUCGAGGAUGACACAGAAAUUGUCAUUGAUAGUGACGAAACUAAAGCGUCAGUAAAUUCUGCUGGGAGUAGAAAUAAAUACUUUCCACAUCACACACCAAAAACAAAGACGACCAGAAAACUACAAGACCCGAAACCAAGCAGUACAACAUCAGCUCAACAGCGAAAGAUUGCUAUCCUGGGAGAUUCAAUGAUUAAAGGUAUAAACUCAAGAAAACUUCAACAUGGCCUUAAACAAAAAGUCAUUGUAAAAACAUUCCCGGGUGCGCAUGUAGAAGAUAUGACUCAUUACGUGAAGCCAACUCUAGCCUCGAAUCCAGCUGAAGUCAUUGUACAUAUCGGUACAAAUGACUUAAAAUACAAGUCACCUAGUACCCUACUUAAAACGGUAGACAAUCUUGGAGAAAUGAUUACGGAGAGUAAAGAUGUUAAACUGACAUUAUCAGAGAUUAUAACCAGAUGUGACGAUGAAACUCUAGCGGACAAGGUAAAUAUUUAUAAUGAACUUCUAGCUAACCUUUGA